CUACUGAACAAGAAUUUUUACUGAGUCUUAAACAGUGUCUUACAUCUAAUAAAAUAUAUGAAAAGAUGAUCUUGCUCCGACUUCCUUCAACUCACAUAUUUAACCAGUAUCUGUAUUAACUUGUAUAAAUCUCGUGCUCUUAUUUUUGAAUAUAUUUUUUAACACUGAAAACUACAAGGGCAUCUAUCUAUCUAUCUGUAAAAAAAGAGUAGCUUCUACCCGUAUGUUUCUCUGUGGGUGCUUAUGUUAUGAAUAAUAAUGCUCUGUGUCUGCAGCCUUUAUAGCAUGCAUGAUAUUCAUUGCAGUGCACUCAAAACUUUGCCAGAGGUCACUGUUCUCUGUGUGACUUAAUCAAAAAUAAGCACGAAGCUUCUAAGUUUUCAAAAAUAAACUGAUACUCCCCAAAGAAAAUUUUUCUUUAAACACAGAACAUGAUUAAGUAAUGCUAAAUAAUCCAGUUGCAUAAUCCCUGAAUCGAUACUGCAGCGGCAGACUUAAUAUGGAGUGUAAUUAAUCUUACUGCUGCAGAAGAGAUCUGCUGUCCUUGGGGCAAAGCACAUUGCUUGAGAGAUGAAGCAGCUCACAUGAUUGUGCUGUGACUGUCUUCUGAGGAUGUGGGUGUGGGAAUUUGUGUUUCUUUUUGAUUCGAUGAUAGCACAAGCGUCCCACUGCUCUCGUUGUCCUCCAUGUAAAGCUGAUGAGAAGCAUCGGUCCUUGGGCUGCCGUCAUCUGCCUGAGCACUUUUCCAUCAGGCCAGUAAUCUGGAGGGAAAACCUCUCCUCAAUCUGGCGCUUCAGUGACAUCCUGGAAAAUGGGAAGCUAAAAACUGGGUUUUGGCUAAGGUCCGCUUUGUAAAGAAUCUCUACAGAGCAUCCCACAGGGACGGUGGCAGAUUCUCUGGCAUCCAAGAGGGCGUUCCACUUGUGAAAGAACUGAAACACAACUUCUCUCUGGAUUAUCUGGCAUUGUGAACAUCCACUACCAGCUGACUCUGUUCUUAAUAGAUGGGUUCAGCCUUUAAUAGGUUCUGCAUGCAGUUCUGCUGCUGCUGCUGUGUUGCUGAUGAUGAAGAAGAAGAAGAUGAAAAGCAGCCUUUAGUACCUGCGGAUCCGUUGGACUAUUUUACCCGUGAAGUCCAGAAGCGUCGAGAUGAGGAAACAAACCUGUGGAGUGAGCCGGGAGACCCCAGCCAUUCGGAGAGACAGGAUGACCGGGUGCUCUACUCUCUGCUACAGGCCAGGCAGAAGACCCGCAUGGGCUCCACGGGCUAUCGUCGUCUGAGUGUUGAUAUUGAGGCCAUGAGAGACACGCGCAGAGAAGUCAGAGAGAAAUGGAAGACAGUCCUGGAAAAUCUAGGUUUUAUGGCAGAGGCAGACUCUCUGCUGACUGUGUCUGCUGGGGCCUCACAUGACCGCAUGCGUAACGCCCCGAGAGCACGUGCCCUUCUUCACACACUUCACUCUGAGACCUCCAUCUUCAACAGCAACAAAGAACCACCACCCGAAAGAUAUCUUUUCAUCCUGGAUCGUCUCCUGUACCUAGAUAUAGCUGAAGAUUUUGUGGCAAAGGCAAGACGCUUCUACCCUCCAAAGGAUGACUCUGACGAGGAGACGCCGGGUCUCUCCGUAAACCUGCCGCUGCUGCUGGCCAGGAUAGGGGCCAUGAACGGAGGAGGGGAAGAUGAGGAGGAGGAGGAGAGCGAAAAAGAUGAUGAAAACUUGAGUGACUGAGCCCAAGAUCUAUGGGCUGCAGUAAUAAGAGACACAAAGCAGGGGGCAGUAGUCAUCAACCCUGGAGACCUGGAUGACAGCUUUGCAUAGCUCUUAUUCAAGUGUUUGUUGCCUCAUACAGUGUUGUUGCUGCUUUUUGGAAGUUCUAGGCUGAAAUAUGUCCCUCUCUCAUUUAGCUUGACUCUUUUUUGUUUAGUCUGGCCAAACUCUAAAAGGAGAUUUGCAGAUUUUGAAAUGAAUCCCACAGAUGAGUAUUAACUGUGUUUUUUCUCUCCACCAAAGAGUGUUAUCGGGUUUGUAGGCGGUUCAUUGUUCACGUGUUGCGAACCUUCAGGGUAACUAUGUUCUUCUGAGCAAUGCUUCUUUAUAGUUCUGUCCUAUGAUUAUCAGCACUCAUUUCAUUCAAUCAUAUGAUCAGUAAGAACACGGAAUAAAUAGCACACCGAUCUGAUGUCAGACUUUCCUCUAAAGGUUUUACAGGAAAGAGUGUUUGCAUAAUCACUGCUUUAACUCAUUAGAAUCUGUAUGUGGUUUAAAAUAUUUGAAGAAUAGCAAAAAGAAAUGCAAUGUCAGUACUGUAAGUUGAAUUUUUAAAUUGGUUGUUUGCGUGACUGAGAUGGAAGGAUGUUUUUCCUGUUCAGCAAUUUGCUGAAAAUGUGAAAGAUUUAUACAAGUAUGCGAUAGUUUGUUUUGGUGUGAAAUUACCUUGAAAUAAAGUUCCAGCCUAAAGCCUGUUUUAUGUAAUGCCACAUGCAUCUUUCUCAUGUCAAGUUGCUUGCUAUUUAUAAAGUUACAUAAA